AUGUCUAGGAUCCGUGCUCAUGAGGAAGCGAUUUUGGUGCGCGACCGAGUCGAACUGGAGUCUAUUCGCACACGUCUUGAUGAGGAGGCAAAGGCCCAACAGAAAGAACGUGAAGUGUUGCGCCAAGCUAGAGCCCAUUUGACGGAGCGCACCUCCCUACUCAACGAGAUAGAGGCAAGUCGUUUCUUCUCUGUCUCAUGA